AUGUCAGCCAUCAAAAUGCCGACGCCAUCUGAAUUAAAGAAACUUUUUGGUCAACCGAAUGUAAAAAGUAAGGAAAUUCCGUAUGAUGUUUUCGUAUGUACGCAGGGACUUUGUGCGCGUUAUCUCGGCGGUGUAUGGAAUACAAUCAAUCCAGAACAGUUGCGUAUAAAACCGAUCAUCGGUGGAAUAAGCAAUUUAUUAUUUCUGGUGGAACUACCAGAAAAUGUGGUACCACAGGGAGAAGAACCAGUUUGUUCACUUUUGCGCAUACAUUGCUCUGAUGAUCUUGAUCGUCUUCUCAGUGAAGCGGUCAUUUUUACAAUGCUUUCUGAAAGAUUGCUUGGACCACGACUUUUUGCUGUUUUUCCAUCCGGUCGAUUUGAACAAUAUAUUCCAUCACGUCCACUCUUUUGCGAUGAAUUGCAAUAUCCAGGCAUUGCCAAAUAUUUGGGAAAGUUAUUUGCUCGAAUCCAUACACUUAAUGUACCUAUUGCCAAAAAACCAAUGGUUCUUGAGGUAGCUGAUGGAUGGCUGGAAAAGUUGAGCAACAAAAUGCGCCAUAAAAUGAGACUUAAAAUGGUGCAAGCUAGUCUUUCAAAGGAAGGUAAUUUAUUGCUGCACAAGGAAUAUACUAUUAAUGAGAACGGUGAUUUUGAUACUGACGAAAAUGAGGAUCCAAUUUCACCAAUCGAUUUUGAAUAUGCUAGUUAUAAUUACCGCGGAUUUGAAUUUGGUAAUUACAUUUGUGAAUAUAUGUUGGAUUAUAGUAAUGAUAAACCACCGUUUUAUUGGAUAAAACGGGAACGAACACCACCUGACGAACAGCUUUAUCGUCUUUUCAACUCAUAUUUGGAUGAAAUUGAUAAGCAAAAGCGAAAUGGCGACAAUUUCUAUCCAAUUAAGAAUUUAUCUUUGAAUCGCGAAGCCGAAAUUCAAAAACUAUUUGUUGAAGCACGUCGUUUUCCUGCCAACUCACAAUGGAGCUUGGGGCAGAGUGAGGAGAAGUCCGUUGUGGCUUCUGAUGGACGUGGUGGAAGAAGUCACUUUGGACUUUCCGGUAUGUUUGUUUUUGAUCUUAAUUUCUUUGAGUCUGUACUGAUGUACAUUGUGGUGUUGUUCGACUCGUCUUCUGUACUGAACUCACCUCGGGAUCAGUCAACUAAAUCUGCGGAAGAAUUUAUUCCAGAGGUCUAGAUGGGUGUCAGCUCAUGGUUUUUCAUUCACGGUCACUGCUCUGCCAGACGAAGAUGGAUAGCAGCUGGUGGUUCUACACCCAUCCGUGGAUCGACGGAAUCUGUAGACCUAUUGGAAGAUCGUGUGGUAUCUGUAAAUGGUCAAGUGGCCGAGAAUUGGGAUGGGUGUGGAUGCCCAGUGCACUGA